AUGCAGUCUAUGAUUAUCCUCGCCGCUGGCCUCUGCCUUGCGCAAGCCUCGUUCUAUGCCGGCCCACCGGCUCACGUUCAGUUGAGCCCCGACGGCAAAUACCUGCUGGACACGCCUGAGGUGGCCCACGCUAAGGCCGCACACUUAGCGGCUCUCGCUCAAGCCUCCUCAGGAUCACACGGUGGCUGGGCUCCAGCUGCUGGGUACCUCGGUGCUCCCGCAUACGCCGCCGGUUCCCACUAUGGUGCUCCUGGUGCUGGUCUCUACAAAUACGGUCCCGCUCCUCUGGCGCACGAUGGACGUGUGAUUGACACUCCCGAGGUUGCCCACUUAAAGGCAGCCCACAUCGCCGCUCAUGCUAAAGCCGCACAUGGUGCUCUUGCCUACGCUGGAGCCGGUGCUCCCCUGUCUUACGCCGGACCCCUUGCUUAUGGAGGCGGCUAUGCCGCUGGCUACGGCAAAUGGAACGGCCCUCAAGCUCACAUCCAGCUCACACAUGACGGACAAUACGUCGUAGACACCCCUGAGGUGCAACACGCCCGUGCCGCCCACCUUUCCCAAUAUGCUGCUGCCGCGCACGCAGCCGCCUCGGCGCCAGAAGACGGAUCUUGGAGCCAGGGACACGGCUGGCACUGA